AUGGCAUCAAGUGCCACUAUCAAGGCCAUUGAAUCUAGCACGGUCCAUCAGAUCCAGUCUGGCCAAGUCAUUGUAGACCUUUGCUCUGUCGCAAAAGAGUUGGUCGAGAACAGUUUCGACGCUAGAGCAACCGCCAUCGGUACGUGGCUGAGUCUUCCCAAGAAAGCGCACGCACGUCGAGCCGCCCUCGUUAACAAAGCUACGCCACUUGCAGAUGUCCGCUUCAAGAACCAAGGGCUAGACUCGAUCGAAGUCCAGGACAAUGGCUUGGGAAUUGCAUCCCACAACUACGAGUCCAUCGCCUUGAAGCACUACACUUCCAAACUCACGAGCUACGAUGACCUCUCGGAGCUGCAGACAUUCGGCUUCAGAGGUGAGGCGCUGUCUUCGCUAUGCGCCCUGUCCCGAUUUGCAGUCGUGACAUGUACCGCCCAAGACGUACCGCGUGCGAGCAGGCUCGAGUUUGAGACCUCUGGGAAGCUUAAGAGCACCAGCGUCGUCUCGGGCCAGAAGGGCACCACCGUCAUUGUCGAAGACCUCUUCCACAACCUACCUGUCCGCCGCCGAGAGCUGGAGCGGAACAUUAAGAGGGAAUGGGGCAAGGUGAUCAACCUCCUCAACCAGUAUGCAUGUGUGCAGACCGGCGUCAAGUUCACCGUCUCUCAACAACCCACCAAGGGCAAGCGUAUGGUCUUAUUCUCGACCAAGGGAAACCCCACCACGCGCGAGAACAUCAUUAACGUGUUUGGCGUGAAGACCAUGAAUGCCCUGAUAUUGAUGGACCUCAAACUGGAACUAACACCCACUGCUGGACCCCUCAACAAGGGAAAAGCGAAAGCAAGCGGAAGCGCCACUGAAGUCCGCGUCCUCGGCCACGUUUCUCGACCUGCCCACGGUGAAGGCCGGCAAACCCCUGACAGGCAAAUGUUCUAUGUCAACGGGCGACCCUGCGGCCUACCUCAGUUCGCCAAGGUGUUCAAUGAAGUUUACCGCUCAUACAACGCUUCCCAAUCGCCGUUUAUCUUUGCCGACAUUCAGUUAGACACACAUCUUUACGACGUCAACGUCAGCCCUGACAAGCGAACCAUUUUGUUACACGACCAAGGGCAAAUGCUCGAUAACUUGCGGGAAUCGCUAAUUGAGCUUUUUGAGACACAAGAUGUCACCAUUCCCGUGUCCCAGGCGCAGGCGUUGAAGCAGAACCCCUUCAAGACAGCGGCUGGUCGUUCGUGGACGCUCACUUCGGCUCAGACCAGCAGCAGGGCGGCUACCGUGGAGUCGCAGCGACAGGCGGAGUCUAGUUCCUCAAUCCUUCGGAAGCAGCGGGUUGGGGAGGAUGACGAUGUCGGCGAUGAAGAGGAUGACGAGGAAGCGAGCGAGGAGGGAGAUGACAACGAACAGCCGGUCAAAAAGCAAGUGCCUCCUAAGCCGAGGAGCUCGUUACAGUCUGCGAGCGUGUUAUCCCGCUGGCUGGCAAAAAGCCCCGACGACCAAAGGAAUUCUACGGUAACCCCCGAGGCCCAACAACAUGCUAGCAGCGUCGUAGAUGGGAAUCUGGGAGUCGAAAAGGACGGCGACACUGCAAAAAAACCCGGGGAUGAAGAAUCGGCGUCUGAAGAGGCAGAAGCAGAUAAUUUGGAUAACGAGGGACCGGAAAUCGUGGAAUCCAUUGCCCGCUCGACGAGAUCCAGUGAGAGGCCGAGAGAAAUCCCGGCAGAGGACGAUGAUCAAGAUGCCAGGAUUGAACUCGAACCGCCAAUCCCUGCCAUUGCCCCUUCAUCCCAAACACCAGCAUCACGAGUCGUCCCGAAGACAACGACGCGGUCCCUCAAGCGUUCUACCCAGGAGGUGGCAACCAUCACCAUCGGUGACCACACCGUGACGAGUCUAAUCGGGCAUUCUUCCAAACGCCCUAAAGUUGACGAGGACCCGAAACCGACUCGGGUGACGGGUCCUGUGAAAGGGGGGAAGCGAAACACACCUCUGCCAUCUUUUGGUGGACGUCUCACUCAGUUAUUUUCUGCUUCGGCGCAUGCUGAUGAAGGGCCAGUAGACAAGACCGGGAUCUUGGCUGACGAUAUUGACGAGGAUAUGGAAGAGUCUGGUGAGGACGUCGACGAGCAGAUGGGAGGGUCUGACGAAGAUAUCGACAAACAGAUGGAAGAAGCCGGCGAGGAUAUCGUUGAAAAUGAAAAUGAGGAGGGGUCACUUUUUGUGUCUCAAGAGGACGGCAGUGGGCGGGCGGUGAACGAAAUCGACGGCGAGACUGAAAAGGUUAGAGAACGGUUCCCAGUUUCAGGGGAGACCGAGAGUCCGGUUUCCUCGGACAGCCCCGACACGCCUAUGGAGUCUGUUGAGCAUACACUUUCCUGCCACGGUGACGAUGCCACAGACGAUGCCGACUACGCCGACGAAGAUGAAAAGAAAGCCCAAGAAGAAAAGGUCCGGGAAAUGAUAGACACAGCCGAGGCCACGGCCGAAACGACUGAGGGAGGCGAAAAGCGAUCUCAGUUAUUUGUUAAGGGGCGGUCAAAACGCAAAGACAUGACUCUCAACCUGGAGCAGCAAGUCAAGACCAGCGUGGACGAGAUACAGCAACGCAUCGCAGCCCUCACACGCCACAUACCGCCCCCACAGCCCGGGGUCUCCCCAAACACCAGCCCAGACGGUCUCGAAGCAGCCGACGCCGAGGAGAAGCUGUCCCUCAAGAUCUCCAAGACCGACUUCGCCAAGAUGCGCAUUGUCGGGCAAUUCAAUCUAGGUUUUGUGCUCGCCGUGCGCGAGGCCGCCGCCUCCCCAGAAAACACGCCCGAAGCCGCCGACGACGAGCUCUUCAUCAUCGACCAACACGCCUCGGACGAAAAAUACAACUUCGAGCGCCUCCAAGCCACAACCACGGUCCAAUCGCAGCGCCUCGUCCAGCCCAAAACCCUCGACUUGACAGCCCUCGAGGAAGAGAUCAUCCUCGAGCACCUACCAGCGUUAGAACGCAACGGAUUCGUCGUACAAGCCGACACGUCCGGCGCGCGGCCCGUGGGAUCGCGCGUGCAGCUGCUGAGCCUGCCGCUCAGCCGCGAGACGACCUUUUCGCUGGGCCGACCUGGAGGAGCUGAUCUUCCUGCUGGGGCGACAACCCGACGUCGAGCGCGGCGACGGUGCCGCGGCCGAGCCGGGUGCGCAAGAUGUUUGCCAUGCGCGCCUGCCGCAGCAGCAUCAUGA